AUGCAUACGAUAUGUAGCCGUAACUUGUCUGGAUCUCGAAACGGCAUCUCUAAUAGUGACCUAGACUAUGAAUCACCUCGACCUAAAAAACAAGUUUCACACUCUUUUUACGGACGAACUCAGGAUGAUGAUCAUGAUGACAAUGAGGAGACAGUUUAUGAUAUAUGGGGACAACGUACCAAUCGCCUUAAAUUGAGAAAUGAUGUUUCAAAUGAAAUUGCUUCAGCCACACAACGUUUUAAAGAUCAAGCAACUAAUUUAAGUCAGAACACAGAUCAUACUAGUGAGCUGAAACAUUCAAUUCAACAACAAUUUUAUAAUAUUGAAGACAAAGUCUCAAAGAACUUUAAAUAUUCAAGAGAUGAUAAUAAUUUCAUCCCAUUUCAACGUUAUUCUGAUAAUAUGUUAGAAUGUAAAAGAGAACAUAUUCCUCCUACAAAGUGGUCAAAAUUGGUGACACCAGACUCCGAUACAUGCUCAAAUGCAACUAUUAGAGUACGACAAACAAAGGCACGACUAGAAGAUUUAGAAAAUGAAAUUGAAGAAUUAGCCGAGCGACAAGCUCAGCGUGAACGUCGAGCAGUUGCUCUCAAAGCUUUUGUUAGUGAAAAUACUUCUUCUAGUCAAUUUUUAGAACGAAAUGAACAGAGCCAUACUUUUAAAUGUAGUGAAAAAAAAGAAAAAAAUGUCAAUUUCUGA